AUGAAGAAUCAUUAUAUCACUUUAGGCUUAGAAAAGAAUGCUUAAUAACAACAAAUAAAAGAAGCAUAUUAUAAACUAGCCUUAAAGUGGCAUCCAGUAUGAUAUUAUCAUUAAUCUAUUAUUAGGAUAAGAAUGGUAGUUGUCGAGCACAAGCAAUUACAUAAUUUAGAGAGAUUAAUGAAGCUUAUAAUAUAUUAUCUCAAUCAGAAAGUAAAAGAAAAUAUGAUCAUAAGUUGGAAAAACAUGACAAUUUCCAACUAGCAAAUUUCUUUCUAGAACAAAUUCAAGAAAUAAAUCAAGAAUUUACUUAUUUAAGUUAAGAUGAUUAAGAUACAUUAAACAAAUUUAUUAAUCGAAUUAAUAAACAAAGUAAAACAAUAAAAAAGAACAGAUGA